GUGGGUACGUGGAAUGGACAUGCUUAGUUACUCUGUUAAUUCCCUGAGGCUGACUAAUUUGAAAUUCAACGACACCAAAUCGACUAGGGUUUCUCAGGUGGUGAGGCUGCAGAUGAAUGAAGAUGACACUCAGAGGGUUCUCAAUGGAUGCAAGACAAGAGGGAUUAAAUUAUGUGCAGCAUUGGUGGCUGCUGGUUUGAUGGCUGUGGACAAGUAUCGUCUGGAAAAUCAGAAGAAGUACGGUGUAGUGACACUCACUGAUUGUCGAUCCAAUCUCCAUCCAGCUCUUUCACAUAAACAUUUUGGAUCUUACCACUCUGCCAUCCUCAACACCCAUACAAAGGAGGAGAAACCCUAUGGGAGCUGGCCAACAAAACCUACAAGGCCUUUGCAAGCUCUAAGAGGAACAACAAGCACUUCUCAAACAUGGCUGACCUUAACUUUCUGAUGUGCAAGGCCAUCGACAACCCUACCUUGACCUCAUCGUCUUCCUUAAGAACAUCGUUCAUGUCAGUGUUUGAGGACCCAGUGAUUGAUGAUUCAAACGACAAGCAGAGAGAGCUGGGGCUGGAGGAAUACAUGGGGUGUGCUUCAGUGCAUGGCAUUGGCCCUUCCAUUGCAAUCUUCGACACGAUCAGAGAUGGACGGCUGGAUUGUGUUUGUGUGUACCCAGCACCAUUGCACUCGAGAGAGCAAACGCAAGGGUUGGUUGAUGACAUGAAGACAAUUCUUGUGGGUUGUGAUGGCAAUGUAGAAUGGAAGAUCUAAAAAGUUGUUACGAAAUUUGAGUAAUAAUGUGCAUGGAUCGAGUUCAAUUUUCCUGUUACAA